CCUCUGUCACACCCCACGCUGACGUGCUGAGCCUUCCACCAGCCAUUGUGACGCCACAGGCGCCAGUCGGGCACGGCUUUGUUGGUGCCCGCAGCCGGCGCUCAGAGCUGCUGGAGCCUCUCGGGGAGCAGCAGCACAUCCCGCUCGGGGAGCAUUGCGCGCCUGCAUCGCCGUCUUGGCAGCUGCAGGCCACGACCACUGCGCAGGGCGACCUCGUCUGCCUUGUGCUUCAUACCCUCUGCCCGUCCUUCUUCUCGUCCCCUUUUGUCACCCUCCCCCUAAACCUCGCCCCGUCCCAUUCCUCAUCCCCACUUGGCUCCCGGCAGCCCGCCGGGGCCUUCUUGCCCUUCCUGCUGCUGGGAGCUCCAAGCAGGGCCAUGCCGUGGCUUCUGAGCAAGAAGCGACGGCAGUCGCCCUCCAGCAGCCCCAGUGGGCAGCCCUGGGCUGCCACCAGCUCCAGCAGCGCCUCCCAGCUCCGGGAGCAGGGGCUGGGCAGGCUGCACCGCGCGGCCGCCCGCGGUGACCUGGGCUGGCUGAGGCGCUGGCGCUGGUACGUCAAGGUAGUCGGCAUCGACAGGCCAGACCAGGAGAUGCGGACACCUCUGCAUCUGGCUUCAGCCAAUGGCCAUGCAGAUGUCGUCAGAUAUCUGCUAAGAAAGAACAGCCAGCCCAACCUCGCUGACAGCUUCAAGAGAACGGCCCUGAUGAAGGCAGUCCAGCAGGAGCAGGAAGAAUGUGUUGCUGUUCUGCUGGAACACGGUGCCGACCCCAAUCUGGCAGACGCUGACGGCAACACUGCCCUUCACCUGGCUGUGCUCUCUAAAAACACAGCUGUAGCAGGGCUGUUACUGGAGCAUCAUGCCAACAGUGAUGCUCAGAACCAGUGGGGAUUUACCCCCUUGAAACUUGCAGCCUUGCAACAGCACGAGGAGAUUCUGGAGUGCCUUGUGAACAAAGCAGCUGACAGGCCUGCUCAAGCCCAGGGGGAAAGGAGUGCUCUUGUGGUUCCUGGAAGCCAUGGGGCUCACCUGGAGGAAGAUAAUCUGCGCUUGCAGGAGGAGCUGGACAGGGCUGGCGCGGAGCUGCAGGAGGAGGAAGAAAAGCAUCUUCAGUCUGAGCAUUGUGUUCCUGACUUGAAGAGUGCCUUGGAUGCCAAGAAAAGAGAGGCAAUAACUUCCUCCCAGAAACUGCAGGACCUCCUGGAAGAAGACGCGCAAGACUUUGCAAGUGAGAACAGCAGAUUGGAAGGCACUGUCCAGCAGCCAAGCGAGAGCGUUGAAGCCCUUCCGAGAGCCCUGCAAGCCUCUGCCUCAGGUGGUGAACUUUCCCAGCAGCUGGACAUGGAGCCUGGAACAGGCAUGCAGCUCGAGGCCCUAAACCAGGCUUUGCAAGAAGAGCUGUCCACUCUGCUUGGGAAGUGUGAACAACUGGAGAAGAGCAAACGUCAGCUGCAAGAAGAGGUGACAAAACACCACCAUCAUUUGGAGACUUUGGUGCUGGAUUGCAGCCAAAGAGAACAAUGUACAGGAGAGGUGGCAGAAGGAGCUGACCAGGAAAGAAGUCCAAAGCUACAAGAGGUCAGCCUCGUUUUGCAAGCACAGGCAGCCCACCAGGCCCCACUAGGACAAACUGGAGACAUUCAUUGUGAAUCCAUGAGAAUCCAGUUGGAAGAAAGAAUUAAAAAUCUGGAAAGUGAAUUGGAGAGGGUCAAAAACACCCAACAAGAGAGAGCUUCUCGUAAAGAAGCAACACAGGGAGGGAUGGAAAUGUACAAAGAGCUGUAUGUGGAGGAAGUGAAAACCAGAAGAUGCCUGGCCAAGAAACUGGAAAGGCUGGAAAAGCUUCUGAGGACAGAGAGCAGGAAACUCCGGGUUAAUGAAGAGAAAGGAAGUCAGUCCCAGCUGGAAGAAAUGAAGAAGAGAUAUUCUGAAAAGGUCAAGGAAGUUGAUAGAUUCCAAAAAGAGGUUGCUGAACUUUCCCAGCAGUUGGACAGGGAACGUGAACAGUGCACGCAGCUGGAGGCCAAAAAUCAGGCUUUGCAAGAAGAGCUGUCUACCCUGCGUGGGGAGUGCGAGAACCUGGCCAUGGACAAAUGCCAGCUGCAAGAAGAGCUGGCAAAACUCCACCAUCAUUUGGAGACCAACGUGGUGGAUCGCAGCCAACUCGAACAGUGUAAAAGAGAGGUGGAAGAACAAGCAGACCAGGAAAUAAGACAAAAACUCCAAGAAGUCAAUGAGUUUUUGCAAGCACAGGCAGCCCACCAGGACACCUUAGAAGAAAUCAGAAGCAGUCAUGUGGAGUCACUGAAAAAACAGUUAGAAGACAGAAUUAGAGAUCUGGAACGUGCACUGGGAAGGACAAAAAGCAACCAAGCAGAAAGACCUUUUCAAAAGGAAUCCACCCAGGCAGAAGUGGACAAGUACAAAGAGCUGUAUCUGGUGGAAGCCCAAAGAAGAAAAAGCCUCACCAAGAAACUGGAAAGAGCUACUGAGAGACUUGCAGAGGCCAACACCAAGCUCUUUUUGGAGCGCCACAGAAGCAGAUCUGUGGUCACAAGCAGCGCUGUCAGCGGAGUUCUGGCUGCAAGUCCACUUCUGGAUUCACCUGGCCUGGGACAUGUUGGCCUCAGUUUGGGACUGAGCAGAAGUCUGGCUCUCAGAACACCACCCAGACACCUGUGGUAAAGCCCAAGACUUCUGCUCAUCAGGACAUCCUGUGAGGGACCGUUCAGAUGGAUGGAACGAAUUGCUUCCUUUCCUUAAUUUCGACAUCCAUGGCCUAGUAGCCAGUUUCCUUGAUGGUGGCCUUCAAGGUUUGGUAGCAAAGACUCCAAGAUCAGCUCUAACCCAUCCCUACAUUGCUCAGUGACAAUGAUCCUAGUGGUGAGGGCAGCGAAAAUGCUACUUAAAAUUGGAGAGGUGGUGCUGCAUUGGUCCCCUUGUUGUACGAAAGGAAUCGCUGGAGCUUUGGGGACAAGAAGUGCCAACGGCCACGACAACUGUACACAGGCAACAGUAUCGGAGGAACCGAGAUGCUGUGACCCCCAUCCAUCCAUCCAGUACAUCCAUGACAUCAUUGUGUGGGGGGACACAGCAGAAGAAGUUUUCGAGAAAGGACAGAAGAUCAUCCAGAUUCUCCUCGAGGCUGGUUUUGCCAUCAAGAAGAGUAAGGUCAAGGGCCCUGCCCAAGAGAUCCAGUUCCUAGGGCUGAAAUGGCAAAUGGACGACACCAGAUACCAACAGACGUCCUCCACAAGAUUGUAGCAAUGGCUCCACCCACAAACAAGAAAGAAACCCAAGCUUUUCUGGGAGCCAUUGGCUUCUGGAGGAUGCACAUCCCAGAGUACAGCCAGAUGCUGGAGAUAAAGGUCCCUCCUGGAGCCUCUGGCCAAAGGUGCCUGGUGAGACGUGAGGGCGACCACUGGGUUUCUGGAGCCGAAGCCACAGAGGUUCUGAGGCCAAUUCCACCCCUGUGGAGAAGGAAAUCUUAGCAGCCUAUGAAGGCAUACGAGCAGCUGCAGAGCUUUCAGAUUCAGCAAUGUCCUCACUCCCGACAGACCAGGGUCCCCUUUCCAGAGUAAUGGAGGAGCACCGUGAUUUUUUAAUCCAAAAUUCCCGGAUUGGAAUGAAAUGCUCUGGAAAGGCUCUGGAAAUCAUUGGGUGUUCACAAUCAUCAAUGAAGAUGUUCACCAGGAAUUGCUGAUCACUGGCCUCCAGCUGGAUGUUGCACUCCUGAUCACCACCCCAGCCAGCAGAUUUCAACCAGCCUGCUGUCUGCUCAUCCAGCCCAUACUUCAUGGGCUUCUCUGUGAGGGAGCCCUGUCUGUGUCCACUAGUACACACAUUCAUUUGGAUUUUAAACAAUCAAACAGAAGUGAUUGUUUUAACAGCAGAAUUAUUUUUCAAAGGGAAAUAGAAGGGUAUGGCUUUGAUGGAAUGAGUGCCUUCAAGCUCCUCUGGCAGGCACUGUUUGAAAACUAUUUGGGUGAUUUUUGAUAAGAAAUGAAAGAUACAACGGCAGGAAGCCAUUCAGCCAUCCCUGACAAGGGAGGUCCACUGUCAAUUGCUGGGAGGGCCCCCACCUGUUUCUUUUAAUGGUGCUCCCAAAUCCCACCCCUUGGGCCUCCCAUCCCAUCCUUUUUGGUCCCCUCAGGCAUCUCCUCCCCAGCAUCUGCUCUGUGUCCUACCCAGGGUCCCCAAAUAUCCUCCCAUUAAUCAUUCCCAAAGCUUUUCUUUCCAUCCUUCUCCUCAGACCUUUGCCUUUCACCCAGGCCACUGCCCUGGUACCUCCCAAGUCCAUUCCUUGCCUCACUCUCCACUCCCAACCAGCUCCCAGUGCCCUCGUUUUUGUUCUCCUCCAUCAUCCUCCUCCUGUCCCCACCAAGCCUCUCCCUUGCAGUCCCCACAUCCCUACACUUGAAUUCCUUUCCCCUCCCCUGCAUCCCACACAGGGCCCCUUCAACACCCCAAUCCCAGUCCCGUGGGCUCCCCAGUUCCCCCCAGUUCAGCAUCUUUGGGUC